AUGAGGCGCCGCGGUGUCCUCGAUCCGACCCGGAUCGAUCGCUCGGUCCGGAGCGUCGCGAUACUUGACACGAACUCGGGCGAGAACGUCGACGCCAUUCUCUUCGUGUAUCCGAGCGACGACGCGUCCGUCGUGGCGCGAACCCGCGCGAUGAAGGGUUUGAUCCUCGCACUGCGCGGGGCGACGCGGUCGCUCUCGGGGCGCGACGCGACCUGCGCGACGCUGGGCGCGGACGACGAGGAGGGCAGCCUCGUCAGGGUCGGGUUGGUGGAUCUGGCGCGCACCGGAGCGUUGUUAGCGGUGGAGACGACGUUCGCGGAAGACGCGCGCGCGGCGCGACUCGCGGCGACGACGGCGGAGCACAUCCGCUUCCUGCACGGGGACUCGUGGGUCGACCGUCUGCGAGAAGAGCGCGACGCGCGUCGCGACGGCGCCGCCGACACGAACGAGGCUUUCGAUGCGUCGGACGCCGACGGAAACCAAACGCCACAUUCGUUGCUCCUCGGCGAGACGAUCGCGUCCUUCCUGCUCACGAGGGCGGCGUGGGAACCCGCGCGGGUCGUCGCCCGCGUGGAUCCCGGGAUACGCGCCGCGCUGUGCGCGGCGGAGACGGCGACGCGGCCUUUGGCUGAGCGUCUCGGCGGAGCCGCGCCGUUCGCCGACCUCAAGCCCGGCGCGAUGUUCAUCCUCGCGGACGACGACGACGAAGAAGAAGAAGAAGAAAUCCCGGGCUCUCGCGGCGCCGCGUGCACCGUCCUGGCGUCGCACUUACCUCACGACGUCACGGCAAGGCUCGCCGCGUACGUAUCGCGCGCUCCGAUUGGGUCGUCGGGGCGUCACGCUCGGUGGGUCUGGACGACGACGAGGGGCGAUGACGACGGGCGGCUCGAGCGACGCGGCCUGGUCGUGGCCAGGGAGGCGUCCGUCGCGGCGUGCCUGAUGCUUCGGCCGCUUAGGGACGAGGCGGCGGCGGUGGGGGACGAGGAGGCGAUCGCGCGGCUCGGGGAUUUUGAGAUGCGCGCGGCGGCGGCGGCGGCGGCGGCGGCGGCGGCGGCGCGGGGGGUGAUCGACGGUUGUGCCGGGUUUGACGCGUCGUUCGAGGCGGCAUCUGAGGCGGACCGACGUCGUCCGAGGCGUCGUUCGAACGGCGGUGACGUGGAAGAUGGGGUUGGGGACGCGGUCGGGACGCUCGCGGAGGUGUUCGACGCGCAGAGGCGGGAUAGGGAGCUCGCCGGGGCGGCGGGCGACGGGCCGUCGUUCGGCUGA